UCCGUCAGCACCUCCGCCCGGCGCCGGCCCGGCCCGGGCCCGAGGAGCCGGAGAGAGGGGCCCCCGGCGCGGCGCACACGCGGGCGCACGCAGCGAGGCGAGCGCGCCGGCAGGGGCGCGGCGGCGCCGGCGCAGGAAACUUGGGCGAAGUUAGUUGCGAGCGCCGGGCGGCGGCCGGGCGCAGCCCGGGGGGACGCGGCCGGUGCCCGGUCCGCCGCGCCGCCGUCCGCGCCGGGGGUCGGCCGGCGCCCCCGGAGGAGCUCGGAGCCCGCGGAGCCGGCAUGGCCCGGGGCACUGCGGGACGCGGCGCCUCGGCCGGCCGGAAGGAUCGCCCCUGAGGCCCGGCGCCCCCGGGCUUGCUCAAGCCUCCAGCCUCCUUCGCCGACCGGCAGCCGGAGAGGAAGACCCGCGAGGCAGGUGCGGGCGCGCACACAUCUGCCCCCGGAAGCCCCCAGCCGGCCGGGGCGGGGGCGACUCCCACCCGCGAGCCCUGCCCGGAGCAGCGAGACCGGCCGGGGACGCCGCGUUCGACCCUCGCUGCGCCCGGACCCUCCUCCGCCUCCGCCUCCGCCUCCGCCUCCCCCUCCCCCACCCCACCCGCAUCUGCUGCUGUCAAAUGAGAAAGUCACCGAGGAGGAGAACCCAAGCGCCGCAGCCACCGCGGGCCCCCUUCGGCACUUGGCAGCACGCGGCGGCGGGCCGCUCGGCUCAACCCGGCGGGGCCUCCGCGGCGCCCCUCUCCGAGCCGCGGUGCGUCUAGGGGCGCGAGGGCCGAGGCGGAGGAGGGCGCUGCGGGGCGGCCGCCAGCCGCGGGGAGCCCGGACCCACGCGGCCGGAGAGGAAGGACAAAAGGGAAGCCGAGGGCGACCCGCCCCAGAAGUUGCUGCGCCCGCGAGAGGAUUUUCCCGGGCGUUGGGCGGGAGAGACCGGAGCGGCUCGGGGCGCGCGCGGCGCAGGGCUCGGCCCCCGGCCCCCUCCUCCCGGGCGGGAGCGACGCCCGGGCGCCAGGUGGGGCGCGGCGCGGCGCGCGCGGGCCGGCCGAGCGGGUCCCCGCCGACCGCCAACAUUGAUUUCCUCCGGGCGGAGGGCGACGGCCCCGGCGGCGGCGGCGGCGGCGGCGGCGGCGCGGGGGGGCUGCAGCCGCGGCCCGGCGACAGCAUGUCCAAGCCGGUGGACCACGUCAAGCGGCCCAUGAACGCCUUCAUGGUGUGGUCGCGGGCUCAGCGGCGCAAGAUGGCCCAGGAGAACCCCAAGAUGCACAACUCGGAGAUCAGCAAGCGCCUGGGCGCCGAGUGGAAGCUGCUCACCGAGGCGGAGAAGCGGCCGUUCAUCGACGAGGCGAAGCGCCUGCGCGCCAUGCACAUGAAGGAGCACCCUGACUACAAGUACCGGCCGCGGCGCAAGCCCAAGACGCUGCUCAAGAAGGACAAGUUCGCCUUCCCCGUGCCCUACGGCCUGGGCGGCGUGGCCGACGCCGAGCACCCGGCGCUCAAGGCGGGCGCCGGGCUGCACGCGGGCGCGGGCGGCGGCCUGGUGCCCGAGUCGCUGCUCGCCAACCCCGAGAAGGCGGCCGCCGCCGCCGCCGCCGCCGCCGCGCGCGUCUUCUUCCCGCAGUCGGCGGCCGCCGCCGCCGCCGCCGCCGCCGCCGCCGCCGCGGCCGGCAGCCCCUACUCGCUCCUCGACCUGGGCUCCAAGAUGGCAGAGAUCUCGUCGUCGUCGUCGUCCGGCCUGCCGUACGCCUCGUCGCUGGGCUACCCGACCGCGGGCGCCGGCGCCUUCCACGGCGCGGCGGCGGCGGCUGCAGCGGCGGCCGCGGCCGCCGGGGGGCACACGCACUCGCACCCCAGCCCGGGCAACCCGGGCUACAUGAUCCCGUGCAACUGCAGCGCGUGGCCCAGCCCCGGGCUGCAGCCGCCGCUCGCCUACAUCCUGCUGCCGGGCAUGGGCAAGCCUCAGCUGGACCCCUACCCCGCGGCCUACGCCGCCGCGCUAUGACCCCGCGGGGCCGCCUCGCGAGGACCGCUGUGCGCGCGCGUACAUUUGUAUAGGUACGAGCUCCGCGGCCUCCCCGCGCGCCCUCCCCGCGCGCCCUCCCCGCGCGCCCUCCCGCGACGGGGGCCCCGGGUUGAAUGUACGUAGGCGUGUAGGUGCAGGCAGAGGCGGAGACGCCGGUCGGGGCGCGAGUGGCGGAGCGCGCGAGUGCUCGGGCGAGUGUGCGUGUGGAUUCACGGGAGCAUUUCAGACCCGCACUUGGGCAGCCCCCCUUAAGGAGGGCGGUUGUAUCCGACAGCAGUUGAUGUUUGCUUUGCACUUCGGAACCUGUUGCGUUCGGGCCCACGGAGGUGGAGGAGUCACUUUUCGACACGUCGGGCUUUCCAGUUUUGUUUGUUGGAAGUUACAUUGUCGGUUUUGUUUUUGCUUCUCAUUAUCUUGUUUUUUUUAAAAAAAAAAAAAAGGAUUUUUUUUUUUUUUUCCCUUUCUUUCUUCCCUCCUGGUCUGUGUCGCACGCACUCUGUUCCAGUGUUAGGUCUGAAAUGGCUGGCACAAGGGAAAAGCUGAUCUGUGUCAGGAGUUUUCUCAGAGCGACAGGGCCCUGAGCAGCCUUGCUCCCUAUUUGUACUAUUUGACUUUGCAAAUCUCUGUUCUCUCAAGCAGAACUCACAGACCGGAUCCAUUCUUGACCAGUGACCGGCUCGAAUCUGGCCUUUUGUACGUGAGAUGAUCACGGCUUUCUUUUGUUUAUCACGUCAUAUGCAAAUGAGAGCAAGAGCUCUUAAGAGCAAGGAAUGCAAACAAGAGAUGUGUGCGAGAUGAAAACUUGUCAAUUGGGUUUUAUCCCUUUUUAAAAGCGAAAACUGAGAAGUCUCCCUGGGUCCACUUGCUGGGAUUUCUGACACAGUUUACAGAAAGAUGAAAGGCACUGUUCCUAUUUUUCCCCUUAUGGCUGAGUUCACCUUAAGACUGUAAAUGUGUAUAUGUCCGUGAAAACAUGGAGUCUGAAAAUGUGUUAUUUGCGUUGCCCUAAACUUGAGUCGGUUUUAGACUCUAAAGCAUUUUGAGCAAAUGUCAAAGUUAACUUUUAAAAAUUGCGGGACUACUUCAGAAUCGCAAUUUGGUCUAAGAUUAAAUCAGACUUUUUCGUCUGAGUGGUAAUGAUAUAUUUAUUAUUUAGCGAAACUUAAAAAAGAAAAAAAAACCACCCGAAUUGUUUGACAAAUGUCUCUGAUUUUCAGCUAGCAUUUCUUCACCAACUUGAACCGCUUAAAUGUGUUUUGGAGUUCCCUCCCCAAUUAGCUUAUUUUUUAGAUGACCUGCAAUUCAUUUGCAAAUUAUGAUAAAACACAUUUUAGAGAAAAGAACCUCAAUUAUAGCCUUUUGUUUCUUUUUAAAUGUAUAUAUUUUGACUAAUGUUUGUGAAUGAAGUUGGCUAACAUGUAUUUAGUUUCAUUUUGACUUUAUGUAAUAUAAAGUUUUAAAAAGUUUAAGUAUUGGUUUUAA